CACACACACACACACACACAAACACACACACACACACACACACACACAGAAUCAACAUUGACAGAGCGCUUUUGAUGGAAAAGAAGAAAUACAUUCGCUCUGGAACAAGAGGGGAAAAAUGAGAGGUAGUGAACCAAAACAUAAAAAGGGAGGGAUGAUGGAGUGAAGUCAUGUGGGGAGGAAGGAGAGAGGGAGAACAGAGGGAGGGAGGGAGGGAGGAGUAACAUCAAGUGCAGAGUCAGAAGAGAGGAGGAACAUUAGAGAGAAGAAGCAGCAGCAGAAAGAGAAGGAGGAGGAGGAGGAGAAGACGGGUUGCUCUUAUAAACACCUUUACUGUUUUGGAGUAGCUUUGAGGACAAGGACGGACCACAAACACACACACACACACACACACACACACACACACACACACACACUGACUGAUGGUGGUGCUGGAUGGACCGACGCUGCUCACACACACACUUCCAGCUGUGCACGUAGGAGAUCGACCUGUGGGACGAGACAUGCACUUCUACUACGUGACAAAUGAAAACUCUCCUGAAAACCAGAGGACAACAGUGACUCUGGGGGACCACACGUGGGCGACCAUGUUGGGUCAGAGCGUGCGGCUGCAGCCGGUGACCAUCCAGAGCCUGUCGGAGCUGGAGCGGGCCCGGCUCCAGGAAGUGGCCUUGUACCACCUGGAGGAGCGAGACCUGGACUUCAAGAUCAGCAUCCCCAGAGAAAUACACAAACGGAGAAAAUCCCUGCGCAGGAAGUUCGACUCCUUCUCGAAGGAGAAGAAGGAGCGAGAAUCGGCUCAGAAGGCUUUCGGCAUCCCGCUCUCUCAGGUCAUCGCCAACGACCGGGCCUACAAGCGGCAGCAGGACGCCCUGAAGGAGAGCCGGCGCGACUGCCUGGACCUGGAGGCCAGCGUGCUGCGCUUCCGGGCCGAGAAGCGUCAGUUCUUCAACGGGAGCAAACCGCUGGUCGGCGCCGCGGCCCUCACGGGAGGGGGGGGCGGCGUCCCCCCCCCCGGGUCGCCCUCCGCCAACUCCGUGGCCCCGGCGCCCGUCUGCGAAAACCAGAACAAACCGAUGUCACCCACGUUUCUGGAUAACAGCAACCGGGGGCAGAGGAGGGGAGGUCUGUCGGUGGACUCCAUCUCCGACCUGGUGGAGAGUCAGUCUCGGCUGCUGGAGGCGCUGCAGCUCUCCCACCCGGCCGAGCUGGAGCUGAAGAAGUCUCAGGGCGGCGGCUCGUCCGAGGGCCGGACCCAGACCAAGCUGAGCCUCAACCCGAUCUACAGGCAGGUGCCCCGGGUGCUGGAGCGCUGCUGCAGCCACAUCGAGAACCACGGUCUUCAGACUGUGGGAAUCUUCCGGGUCGGCAGCUCCAAGAAGAGAGUGAGACAGCUGAGGGAGGACUUUGACGUGGGCGUGGACGUCCAGCUGGACGAGGAGCACAGCGUCCAUGAUGUGGCGGCGCUGCUCAAAGAGUUUCUGAGGGACAUGCCCGACCCUCUGCUGCCCCGGGAGCUGUACCCGGCCUUCCUGCACGCCAACAUGUUGAGAGGAGCCGACCAGCUCCAGUACCUGCAGCACCUCCUCUACCUGCUCCCGCCCUGUAACUGCGACACUCUGCUGCGCCUCCUCACCUUGUUACAGACGGUGCAGAGCUUCGCCCAGGACACCAUCGGAACCCAGGACGAGGAGAUCCCAGGGAACAAGAUGACAGCAGCCAACCUGGCGGUGAUCUUUGGUCCGAACCUGCUGCAGAGGGAGAGCGGAGGAGACGUGAGUCCUCACUCGAUGGGGAUCGAGGACAGCACGGCCAUCAUCAGCGUCACUCUGCUGCUCGUCCAGAACCACCGGAGACUCUUCACUGUGUCUGCCGAGGUGCAGCAGGAGGUCCUGAUGCGUCUGAUCCGAACCGACCCGGACAUCAUCGACUACCUGCUGCGUCGGAAACUCAGCAGCAGCCACCUGACAGCAGAGGGCGGCAGUGAGUCCGGAGGCCGCCGGGACACAGGGGCGUCUCUGGACUCUGUGGGGGCGUCCAGCGGGAGUCUGUCCCCUCUGGAGCCCCCCUCGCCUCUGUUCCCCCCCGAUGGCAGCGGGGGGGAGGGCAGCCUGACCAGCGAGGUGUUCCUCAACGUGCUGAAGCUGAACCAGAACCGUAAGCGGCAGGAGACCAGAUUCGGUGACGUCCCAGCAGGGAAAUCCAUCAGCCACAUUCGCCAGUUCCACUCCCACCACAACCUGCUCAGCCUGGCCCACUCCUCCCACUCUUCCUCCCACUCCUCCUCCCACUCCUCCUCCGAGCCUCAUGACCGCCGGGGCCCCCUGGGGGCGGCCCUCAGCUUCUCCCUCGGCGGCGGCGGCAGCUGCUCCAGCCUCAGCGGCUCCAGUGAGAGCAGCAUCUGGGUGAGGCAGGCGCCGCACGAGGACAGCAAGCCGUCGCCCGCCGCCAACUUCUGGGACUUCUUCACCGGGAAAGGGUCGGGAUCAGAGACGAUGGUAUGA